CUCCUCGGGACCACGAGUCACCAACCUGUCCAGGACUACCUGACAUGAUUAACUGCCCAAAACAACAAGAGGCUGGACAGGAGAAGAAAGGACGAGAGACGAAACCUGAGCAAUAGAGAGAUAGAGAGACCGAAAGGAGAGGAGAAGAGAGGUUACAGACUCACAACCAUGAUCCUUUCCAAUCACUCUAUGCAUUCAUUUUUCUGCUGCUGCUGUUCUGUAGAAUCCAGAGAGAUCAGCACCCAUGUGAGCCUGGAUAGUGGAUCUGGAUCUCUGUGUUUUCACACUAGGAGGCACCCGGGACAUGCUAACAGGACGGAUCGGUCCAGGAGGAAGCUGCCUCCCCCUCCUCCAGAUAACGACGACGGAGACAUACGCGUGGUUGCCAUGUAUGACUUUACAGCGAAAGAGGACUCGGACCUGACUUUGACUCAGGGAGACGAGUACACCAUCCUACACAAACAGGACCAGCUGUGGUGGAGGGCACAGGACAAACACGGUCCAGUAAAGCGUUCUCUCCUCCACCGUUCUAGGUGGUACUGUCAGAGCAUCACCAGAUCAGAGGCGGAACAGCUGCUACGACAGGAGGCUAAAGAGGGAGGGUUUGUGGUGAGGGAGUCGAGUCAACAAAGCUGUUACACUGUUUCAGUGUUCACUAAAGCACUGGGUAUAAACGGUGGUAUCAGACACUACCAGAUAAAGCUCAAUGAUUCUGGAAGCUUCUAUCUUUGUGAGAAGCACAUCUUUACCUCGAUACCUGAACUCAUAGAGUACCACAACCACAACGCUGCAGGUCUGGUGACCAGGUUAAGGUAUGCAGUAGGACCUAUGGGCAGGUGUGUCCCUGCUACACCAGGCUUCAGCUCAGAGAAAUGGGAGAUUGACCCUAGUGAGUUGACUGUAAUGAAGGAGCUGGGUUGUGGUCAGUUUGGGUUGGUGAGGCUGGGGACAUGGAGAGCUCUGUGUAAGGUGGCCAUUAAAACAAUCAACGAAGGAGCCAUGCAUGAAGAAGACUUCAUAGAGGAGGCUAAGAUUAUGAUGAGGUUAUGCCACCCGAAGCUGGUUCAGUUGUAUGGUGUAUGUACGCGGCAGCAUCCCAUGUGUAUAGUGACUGAGUUUAUGGAGAACGGCUGCCUGCUGAACUACCUGAGACAGAAUGGAGGUACCAUGGGACAACCAUGGCUCCUGUCUGUCUGUCAAGACACAUGCGAGGCCAUGCAAUACCUGGAGACACACAACUUCAUACACAGAGACCUGGCAGCACGGAACUGUCUGGUCAGCGACAAGAACGUGGUGAAGGUUUGUGACUUUGGAAUGACCAGAUACGUACUAGACAACCAGUACACCAGCUCUACAGGCUCUAAGUUCCCAGUCAAGUGGUCUCCUCCUGAGGUGUUACACUAUAACAAGUACAGCAGCAAGUCGGACGUCUGGUCCUUCGGUGUGUUGAUGUGGGAGGUGUUUACUGAGGGGAAGACACCGUUUGAUGGGCGGUCUAAUGUCGACGUAGUGGAUGAGAUUACCAGGGGUCACCGUCUCUACCGGCCUCACAAAGCUUCCAACGAUGUCUACAAACUCAUGUACCAGUGCUGGCACGAGAGACCACAUGGCCGCCCUUCUUUCUCUGAGCUGUUGAAGAGGAUCAGACUACUGGCUGAAUUGGAUGACUAGAGGGGACCUCAAUAUUAGGAAGAUGUUCUUAAUGUUUUGUACACUCAGUAUGUAAUUGCAAUUUUAAGAAAUACUUUUGACAUGGUAAAAACAAGUAUUGUAUUCAUAUAAUUAGUUUGUCAAUGUACAUAAUAUUUUCAACAUUAUUUUUUCAAUAAAACAUCUUCUGAAAGUAAA